AUGACUAAUGAGGGUUUUAAUAAUCAAACUGGUAUUGAUCGUAAAGCAGGUUUUAUUUAUGGUGGAAAUCAAUGGAAUUGUGGAACAUGGAUGGAUAAAAUGGGUUCAAAUGAUAAAGCAAAUAAUAAAGGAUAUCUGGCAACACUACGUGAUGGAUCAGCUAUUGAUUUAAUUGCUUUAGCUCGUACAAUUAUUUCAUGGAUUAUACAAAUGAAUAAACAAGGUUAUUAUCCAUAUAAUUCAAUUGAUACAACAUCACUUAAUUCUGAAGAUAAAAUUAGAAUAUCAUUUGAAAAAGAAUUUUGGAUUGAUCAAACAAAUUCUUCCAAAUAUGUUAAUCGUAAACAAAUUUAUAAAGAUACAAUUAAUUCAACAUGGAAAUGGACUGAUUUUCAAUUACGACCUAAUUUUCUUAUUACAGCUGUUGUUGCUCCAGAAAUGUUUGAUAAAACUCAUAUAUGGUUAGCUUUAAAACAAGUUGAACAAAUUCUUCUUGGAAAAUUAGUGAUUAUGUUGAUGAUGAUGAGUCGAAUGAUUAUAAACGAGCACAUGGUUUUAAUUAUCAUAAUAGUCCAGAAUGGUUAUUAUAUUCGUGCUAAACUUUAUUGGUCAAAACAACAAAAUGAUCCUUUAAUUGUAGAACAAACAAGAAAAUAUUUAGAAGAAAUUGUUUCUGCACAUAUGGAAUUAAUUUUAUCAAAUGAUUGGAAAGGUUUACUUGAAUUAACAAAUGCUAAUGGAAAAUUAUGUUCUCAUUCAUAUUCUGUUCAAGCAUGGUCUUCCGCCACACUUUUAGACGCUUUAUAUGAUCUCACACAAUGUUUAAAUUGA